GAACCUUCCGAUGCAGUGAAUUCCCUUAGUCUGCGCAUUGACAUUGGCCUUGCAAAUCCUGGCUCUGGCCCUGUCCUUGAUAUAUAUUCUCCUGCAUCUGUUGCUUAUAGUAUUCCUUUUAUUAAAGACUGUGGUGAAGAUGAACUUUGUGUCUGUGAUCUUGUUCUGAACGUUCAGCAGAAGGCAGAUGAUGGCAAACAGCAGUUUGUUGUCAGCAGCAAAACCAGAAGACUAACAUUCAAUGUGAAAUUGAGAAAUAAAAAGGAAAAUGCAUAUAACACCAGAAUCCAAGCUACAUUUUCAGACAACUUGUUUUUUGCUUCGUCAUCUUUACCGAGUGAUGGGACUGAAGUCUCGUGUCAGACGGGAACGGCACAAAGUACAGUCAUUUGCCAAAUAAGCUAUCCUGUUUUCAGAACAGGACAACAGGUAUCCUUUGAUAUUAGUUUUGAUUUUAACCUGAAAAAUCUUCAGAAUGUGGCAGUUCUAAGUUUUCAGGCAUUGAGUGAAAGUAAGGAAGAGCAAGAGUUGGACAACCAGGUCAGCUUAUCAAUUCCUUUGCGAUAUGAUGCAGAAAUUCACUUCACAAGGCUUGCCAACAUCAACUUCUAUGAAGUAUACUCUGGUCGUAACAUUCCUUCCACUGUGAAUAAUUUUGAAGAUAUUGGCCCCACGUUCAACUUCUCAGUUAAGGUAACAACAGGAAGUAUUCCAGUAAAGAUGGUAUCUGUAAAAAUCUAUCUUCCAGAAUUGACCAGCAAAGAAAACCCACUGAUGUACAUAACUGCAGUCACCACAGAUCAGGCCAGAGGUGUUACUUGUCAAGCUCAGAUAAAUCCACUGCAAAUAGGGAAAAGACCUUACUCUGCAUCUUUCACAAAAGAGAACGUCAGAGCUUCCAAAGAACUGAACUGUAAGAAUGUGAAGUGCAGCACCAUCGCAUGCAAACUGGAAGACAUUAUGCUGAAGGGAGAGUACUUUGUGAAUGUGUCCACCCGAAUCUGGAAUGGAACCUUUGCUGCCUUAACUUUCCAGACGUUACAGCUCUCUGCAGAGGCAAAAAUUGAUACACAUAACCCUGAGUUAUUUAUAAUUGGAGAGAAUACCCUAACUAUCCCAGUUACAAUAAUAAAGCCGGAUGAGAAAGGUGAGAUACCAGUUGGUGUUGUGAUUGGCAGUGUAUUGGCUGGACUCAUCUUGCUGUUAGUAUUGGUUGCCGUUUUGUGGAAACUUGGCUUCUUCAAGAGACAGUAUGAGAAAAUGAGACAGGAUAUGGAAGAUGUCGAUGAAAUUACAGAACUCACAAAGGACAAAGACUGA